AUGUCCAAGCAAAACCAAGACGUGGAGUUAGUUCACCUGAUGCAGGAUAAAGCACUUGACCUUCAAAACUCCACCCUUCCCUACCAAGGCAUAGCUGAUCAGUUGCCCAAUGUCCCCAUGGCUCCUUCCCGCAUACCUGUCCUUGUCUCCAGAAAGCAGAAGACUGGUGUGGUGAACCCCACUUUCGUGAAGGAAGAAGCGUCCCUUUCUCGCAAUUUAGGACUACAAGCAAGCAAGCAUCCCACUGUGAACAUCAAGAGUGUAAAGUUUAAAAAUGGCUCUUCGGGGCUGCCCAGACUUAUCCGAAGCACUCAUCCUGUCACCGAAAACAAAUCCCCAAACAAAUCCCAAACCCUCACAGUGCCAGCUACACCCACGGCCACCAAGAGUUUGCCCAAACGCAGUGGCUCCACAACCAGCCAGAGCAGCGAUGUGAUCAACGAUCGCCUGCAGGAAUUGGUGCGGCUUUUUAAAGACCGGACAGAGAAAGUGAAAGAAAAGCUGGUUGACCCGGAUGUUUCUUCUGAUGAAGAGACACCCGCGCCCUCACCUUCCAAACAAAAGCCUCCAGAAGAAAAGAAGGAAGAAACUGAGAAAGAGGACCAGGCUGGCAAAUCAAAGCGGUGGCAUGUGAAAAAGUGCCAGUUCCCCAGCAGUAUUGAUCCUCUCACCAAUCUGAUAUAUAUCUUGUGGCUCUUCAUUGUGGUUCUGGCAUGGAACUGGAACUGCUGGCUGAUUCCAGUCCGUUGGGCUUUCCCAUACCAAACACCUGGAAAUGUCUACUACUGGAUGGCUGUGGACUACGUCUGUGACUUCAUCUACCUUUUGGACAUCAUUGUCUUUCAAGUCCGCCUACAGUUUGUUGAAAGAGGAGACAUCAUAACUGAUAAAAAGGCCAUGAGAAAGAAUUACCUAAAGUCUCAGCGUUUCAAGAUGGACCUCAUCUGCCUUCUGCCACUGGAUUUCCUCUACUUCAAAGUUGGUGUGAACUCCCUCUUGCGUCUGCCUCGCUGCUUAAAGUAUAUGGCUUUCUUUGAGUUCAACAACCGGCUUGAAGCUAUUCUGAGCAAGGCUUAUGUUUACAGAGUAAUCCGAAUCACAGCCUAUUUGCUCUUCAGCUUGCAUGUAAACUCUUGCCUGUACUACUGGGCGUCAUCCAUCAAUGGACUGGGAUCGACCGCAUGGGCCUAUGAUGGGGAAGGAAACAGUUACCUCCGCUGUUACUACUGGGCUGUCAAGACCUUAAUAACAAUUGGAGGGCUGCCGGACCCCCACACUCUCUUUGAGAUCAUCUUUCAGCUCCUCAAUUACUUCACAGGGGUCUUUGCCUUCUCGGUCAUGAUUGGUCAGAUGCGAGAUGUCGUGGGUGCUGCUACCGCUGGACAAACAUACUAUCGGAGCUGUAUGGAUAACACAGUGAAGUACAUGACUUUCUACAAAAUCCCCCGCUCUGUCCAGAAUAGGGUCAAAACGUGGUAUGAAUUCACUUGGCACUCUCAAGGCAUGCUGGAUGAAGCAGAGCUGCUGAAGCAAUUACCGGAGAUGAUGCGGCUGGACAUCGCCAUCGACGUGAACUAUGACAUAGUGAGCAAAGUGCCACUCUUUCAGGGUUGUGACCGGCAAAUGAUUUUUGACAUGUUAAAGAGGCUCAGAUCUGUUGUUUACUUGCCAAAUGACUACGUAUGCAAGAAGGGAGAAAUUGGCCGAGAGAUGUACAUCAUUCAAGCUGGGCAAGUCCAGGUACUGGGAGGACCUGAUGGGAAGACCAUCCUUGUGACCUUGAAAGCUGGAUCGGUAUUUGGAGAAAUAAGCUUACUGGCUUUAGGAGGUGGAAAUCGCCGCACGGCCAAUGUUGUGGCUCAUGGAUUCACGAAUCUUUUCAUUUUGGAUAAGAAAGAUCUAAAUGAAAUUUUGGUGCAUUACCCAGAGUCUCAGAAGCUGCUGCGGAAAAAGGCCAGGAGAAUGCUGAAGAACAACAGUAAACCCAAAGAAGAAAAAGGGAUGCCAAAAGAUGUGUUGAUCAUUCCUCCAAGAGCCGGGACACCGAAGCUCUUUCAAGCAGCCCUUGUAGCGGCAGGGAGGAUGGGGGGCAAGGGACGGUUGGCUCACAUCCGAUGGAAACUGAAAGAACUGAAGGCACUGCAGGCUGCCACUUCGUCUCCCAUUGUCCCAAAAUCGCCAGCCAGUCAUACUUCACCAGCCGGCUCAAGGAAAUCAGAUGAUCACAGAAGCGAGAAGACUGCUGUGAAGUCCCCAGUGCCCUCUGUUUUAAUUUGUGUGACUCCGGCACCUAAGGACGAUGAACAGAUUCUCUCUGUAGAAAAUGAUGAGAACGAAGGAAAUAACUAG